UGGUGCUCCGGUGAGGUCCGAGGCUGGACCAAUUGGGACACAGAAUUUGAAUCGAUUCGAAGAUAUGAUGAAGUUGCUGAUGAAGUAACUGAGCAAAAAAAGCCAUCAAAAUAUGGCGGCAUUGCAACAAAGUUGGUACAGUUCCAAGAACUGGACCGGGCCCACUAGAAGUGCGUCUUAUCAGACCAACCACCCAUGUUUGGUGCCAUUUAUGUAAUAGAAUCUUAACUCCCUCGAACCAAGUUGGAAUUGGUUCGAUAGGAUCUGCGAAAAGAACGUCCCCGUGAUAAGGCGUACAAGGAAGAUAGUUGAUAUGAGAUGUUUUUUGAUUAGUGCGAAUUGCCUGAAGCGCCUGAGGAGCACUCGGCGCAACUAUAAAAGGGGCGCAACCAAGCGAGCUGCGUAAAGCGUAACCGCUCUUCAACAGUGACACAAGUGACACACAACCAGCACCACCGCGCGAAUAUGCCUAAACGAUCUUCGAACACUGACGGUGCUGGGCGGGAGACUAGCACCCUCAUGAUGGAGCAACUGGCCCGGGUGGCCGAGCAGCUCCUGAACGAGCUACUGAAACAGGUGGGAGCAAAGCACGGCGGUAAGAGUAUAAGCGCUCCUCUAUCGAUACGAUCUAAAGCCCACACUGCUCCACACAGGUGAAGCUAGGUGAGCUCUCGAGCAGCGCGCCCCAACAAUCUCCAGUGAAGCGUGUAGGCCUUGGAGCCUGUGCGCCUGUCGUUUGCGAAUACUAAUGCGACCCGACGACGUGUACACCGUGCCAUAGCCGUUAGCCGGUUGAGAUGACGCAGGCGCUAGAACCUCCGAGCACGAAGCUCCAGCAGCGCUCCGCUCCAACUUGUUUGUCAGCUCGCCCCCUGGGAGCAGAUGAAAGGAGACGAAACAACAAUAGCUUCUGUGUGUGUGUGUGUUGCUGUGUGUGUUUUGUUGCCUGAGGUGCCUGAGAAUAAGACGAAUCCAUUCAGAACGCUAGAACGCCUCCCGGAAGAAGAGAGAGAGAGAGAGGCACAGGGAGAGAUAGAGAACACAAAAAAAAACGUGACACAGUGUAGAGCAGGAAAUGGCAUUACGCGAAACGAUGGCGUAGUAGAAUGGGUUACCUUUCCUACUAGUGCGCGCAUAGUGCUUGAUAGUCUUUUUUUUUACUUGACGAUAGCUGCUGACGUUCCCACACCGACGUCAACGACGGUUGUGACUCUACUACACACGUUGGAAACAUGGGGACUUAGGCACCAACAGGGAGGAGAACGGACCAGAGCAAUACACGGAGGUGGAAAGGAAUUCGCGAAACGUACUACGCUUGCUGUUCUCUCUGUUUGUGUGUUAGUUUGGCGAGGGGAAGGGACGAGAGUUAGAUUCGUAAGAUGGCUAGAAUCGCCUCCGGCAAACUGCGCUUGCCUACUACACCUUGCUCUAGGUCUGGAAGCGUGUGUCAGUCUGUGAUAUGGUUUGGAAGGCUCGAUACACGUUUCUCGGGCGCGCGUGUGUGGUGUUCGUCUGUGAUCUAGUUGCUAGUAACACCGCAAACAGUGCCGGCGGCCGGUAACUAUACGUCGGACGUGUACGCCUCGUACGCGGAACUGUUCGACCUGUCCGUCAACCUGCCGAACGACGGCGAAGUGCCGCUAAGCCCCCAGUCCCAGCUGCACCAGCAGCAGCAGCAGCAGUCGUACGGCGGCCAGCCCGCCCAAAGCCCGGAGUACAUACCGGCCACGAUCUUUCACGACGUGCCGAUGCAGCCGAUGAAACAGGAGCACCCGUCGACGGCCUGGUCGGACAGUUGGAGCAGCAGCAGCAGCGGCUACAGCAGCUGCGGCAGCAUUAUCAGCAGCAAUCCCGCAUCGCCGGAAUCGACCGCCUCGUCCUACGGGCUGCUGGACCAUCCGCACCAGCAAACGGGCCAUCAGCAGCGUACCGUGUCGCCGUACCACCAUCACCAUCAGCACCAGGCGGGCAGUCUGCUGGAUCAACCGAUCAUCAAGACGGAGUACGAUUCCGGAGCGGAAACCAGCAUCGAUCUGGAGUCGCUGCUCGGUGACUCAUCGCCGUACCACCAUCAGUCACAGUCGCCCUCGCCGGGCUUCGUAAAGGUGGAACCGAACUAUUCGGGCCCGCUGGAGCAGCCACCAUCUGGCACCGUCAGCAAACCGCAGACCGGUGGAUUCCAGAUACUGCGGGAGCAUCUACAGGACACCAGCUUCCAGCGCCGGCACAAUCUGAAACCGUUAGAGCUGGAUUCGCUGAUCGGAGGGCUGACGACCCAUGCCGACAUUGGGCCGGUGUUUGAGUUCGCCCUGCAGGAGAUGAAGAACGGUAUGCAGGCCACCUGUACCGAGCUGGGCAUCUCUUCCGAUCCCAAGCAGUGGACAACGGCCAAGGUCCAUCAGUGGUUGGAGCUGGCGAUGGGCAAGUACUUCCUGCCCCGGUUAGACAACCUUGCCGCCCUGUUCCCGGAAAAUGGUGCCCAACUGGCAGCGCUACCGUUGGAGGAGUUUGUCCGUCGUAUACCACAGGGUGGUGAUAAGCUGCACGGCUACCUUGAUCUGUGGAAGCAGAUCAAUCGGCUAAUGGUCGGUGAUAAUGCUACGGUCGAUAGUAUGGUUACCGACAGUCUCACUUCUACCGGUGGCGUCAUCUCGUCGAUGGGAUGCGCUCCAGUGUCUGGCGAUGGCAAUGGAUCUAGCUUUGCUGCUGGAUUACCCACGGACAGUAGGCUGGGUGGUGUGAUGAUGGCCGGCGUUGGAACUGGCAGUGGUAGCAGCUGUGCUACGCCCGGCCCAAGCAGCAGUCCACCGAUGGUGGAGAACUUCGACAGUGACUCAAUGAAUGGAGAUAUCAGCGACGAUGACGACGAAGACAUGCCGCUGGAAAGCCCUGGCAGCUCAUCUUCAGCCGGUGGUCCAUCGACAAGCGCCACCAGCGCCACCACGGGAGCAUCCGGAGCACCUGCCCCGGCCAAGGCCCGGCACGGUGGGUCCCACAUACAUCUGUGGCAGUUUCUGAAGGAGCUGCUCGCCUGCCCGGAACAGCACCAGAACGCGAUCCGCUGGAUCGACCGGUCCAAGGGUGUGUUCAAGAUCGAGGAUUCGGUGCGCGUCGCCCGACUGUGGGGCCGGCGCAAGAACCGUCCCGCCAUGAACUACGACAAGCUGUCGCGCUCGAUACGGCAGUACUACAAGAAGGGUAUCAUGCAGAAGACGGAACGCUCGCAACGGUUGGUGUACCAGUUCUGCAGCCCGUACGCGCUGUAGAUAACCGCAACCCAAACCCAACCACCUUGCUUGAGAGCGACCCCGGCUUGCACAACUGUAGUUUCCCCGUUUUGUUUUACUUCCGCGGCUAGAGUGUAGGACAAUAUUUAUUAUGCGUAAUUUAUUUAAAAAGAACAACAAAACAGACAGCAACAUCAAACGUUCAGAAACGUAAACAGAGGAGCACAUAUCUCACGUAUGCUCGGCAGGAUACCUUAGCAGCUUAGGCACACUUUAAUGCACAGUUUGUUGCCGAUCUAACCACAGACAGUCGGUUAGGCAUCAUGCUCUUGCACUUGCCGUCAGCUAAGACGUAAUCACUCUUUUGUAUUAUCACUCACAGGCACAACCACUCUUCUCGUCACUGCGCAGGGGGGGAUUAGGUAGUGAGCGUUGUAGAUCUAGCCGGAUUUCGGACGACUCCACCUUCUUCUUCUUGGGUAGUAUUAACCCAGGCAGAACAAUGGUAACAGACCGAUCGGUAUAUAUGACAGAUGACAGCGCUUACACAACCCUUAAGAGAGCGAGAUAGAGCUUACAAGCUUUAGGAUAAUAUUCUUAAAAAAUGAUGUGAUUACUUACCGUCCUUGAUAUUGGUCCUGGUAGAGCUCUUCUUGAAUGUAGGAGAUCCUUCUGGUACCAGGAAAAAAUCUCCAACACAUACACACCACUCACUUCUGUUCUCCUCCGUUCGGUGUUAUCCUGAUGCUGGAUCCGAUCUGUGGAUGGAGAAAUUAGAAAAAAAAAAAACACACACCCGCACGUCGGACAUGGCGUCUCGCAGGUGGAGAAGCGUCCUUUAUAUCACCGCUUUCGAAAGCAUGCGAGAGUGUAACUGCAUUCGCCGGCUUCUCGAGCAGCAAUCCCCAUUUAGGACGCAGACGAGUCGUUAUCUCGACUUUAAUAUUCGUCGUUUACUUUUUAACGUAUUUGCUUACCGUUUCUGCUGUGUGCUGGUUUCCGGGCGCACCGGGUAUUACGGGCGCCUGGCCACAAAAGGCAGAUUCGGUAAUUUCGGUCCCAUAUAUCUAUGAUAUAUUUUUACUGUAAGUUCUAUGAACAUUACAACGUUUUAAGGUUUAACGAAGAAGAAGAAGAAGAAAAAACAAACGAUCGUAACAAAAUAAUAAAAAAAUAAUUAGGUAUGUAAGAGAAUCCGUACGGUUAGGUUAAGGAACUCUCUCCGCCACACAGCUCCGUUGUGCUGUUGUGUUUUUUUUUAGAAAUUAAAUGUAUCUGUUCUGUUUUCACUUUCACACUCUACAAACACCAACUUUUUCUCUUUUCUCUGCUGUGCACAACACUUUCAUACACUUUUAUCUCACUUUUAACGAGUUGAAAUCCUUCAUCUCUUCUCAAUAAGUAUAAAAACAAUUAGCCACGUAAGCAAACAAUUACCGGAACCGGUUUCGUAAGUCGAAACCUCACCGGUAGUACUAGGCUAUCGUUGCAAUAUUUGAAGUAGAGUGUUAGUGUUUUGAAGCAAAAGUGGGAAAUGUUUCCCCAUUGAUAUUAUAGAAGUAGAAGUAGAAGUAGAAGUAGAAGUAGAAGUUGGUAAAGUCAAUAGGGAGAAUGAAUUGUGAGGAAGGUUUCGUGGCGGCUCUGGACACACAACCGAUCAACAGUCGUCGAUGAGAGACAUUUGAGCUCACUUUCUCAUCGUAGACUUUUCGCCGGUUACAUGUGAUGUGUCAGAAAGGGAAGGGAGUGAUCGAGAGAAAGGAAGAAGAGUUUAAUGGCUUGUUUUUUAAAUUAAACUAAGAAUAAUACAACAGAAUCUUCACUCAAAAGUGUGGUCAUUCAUAAUAAGUCAACAGAGUUGUUGUUAAGAUUUAGGAACUAUCGUUAAGGCUAAUAGCCACAAGUCUCCCCUUUACACCAGCGCAGUGUAAUGGAAGGGCUAUAAGCUUUUCAUUGAAACAAUUUGUCCAAUAUUCGUCUAUUGUUAAGCAGAUUAUUCAUUAAAGCGUUAGUUAGCGCUUUUGUCUCACACAUAUUUCUCUACCACCUUGGUGCAUGGGUAGCUCCACGCGAGAGGAGCAUAAUUUGUUUGUAGUAGCUUAUAAUAACAAAACAACAAAACAAAAAAAGAUAUUUAGUCGUAAGCCACAACUUCUAAGAAAAUAACUUCAUGUGAUUUAAGUGCCUUUCCCAGUUUAAUAUAUGUAACAGAAAACAUAACCACAACCAAGCUAUUGAUGUAAUCGAUCGAUCGAUUAGAAUUUAAGAUAGAUCGCUAGGUGCCGCUAGAAUCUUUGCUACCACGAAGUUUACCGAUACAUCGAUGUCAACGCACCAUCGCACGCAUAUCUUUUGGUCAGAUACACACACAAUAUCCAGGCAUGGAAUGUUUGUUGUUGAAAGUAGAGAUUAGCUAGCACCUGUAAUGAUGUAAUACACGCAUUGAUUUGUACAAUAAACUAGAAACUAAACAAAAA